AUGUCUGCUGUUCUGAGCGCGCCAGAAGUUGAUCAGCUCCGUCGAGAAAAACAUUUGCAGUCGUCUUGGGACAACCAUGAGCGAAAUAUUCCAAGCGCAUCGUUGAAGCCAUCUUAUCAUCUUGCCGCCCCGAAUGGUUGGAUGAACGACCCUUGUGGUCUGGGAUACGACCCUGCCACAGGCCUUUACCACGCCUUUUUCCAAUGGAACCCAUUUGGAAAUGAUUGGGGCAACAUGUCCUGGGGCCAUGCUACUUCAACCAAUCUUGUUUCAUGGGAUACGUUCCCAACGCCCGCUUUAACGCCGUCGGCGAAGUAUGACCAGUAUGGUGUUUUCACUGGUUGUUUUCAGGCAACCAAUAUCCACGGAGAGCCUGGUGCUUUGACGGUUCUCUACACCUCUGUCAGUCAUCUGCCAAUUCAUCACACGCUACCCUAUACCACGGGCUGCGAGUCUCUGAGUCUGGCCAUCUCAGCCAAUGGCGGGAAGACAUGGGAACGUCAGGACUGCAAUCCCAUUCUCCCGGGACCACCUGAAAACAUUUCCGUCACUGGCUGGAGAGACCCCUUUCUGACCACUUGGACCAGAGGGCAUGCAAGUGGCUCAGACUCACGGUCUGAUCUGCAUGGAUUCAUUUCAGGUGGUGUUAAGGGCCAAUGCCCCGCCGUUUUCGUGUACACUGUCCAGCCUGAUGAUCUUCGGCAAUGGAAGUAUAUCGGUUCUUUGGUCAAUGUUGGCCUCAAUUUCCGCCCUUCACGAUGGUCCGGUGAUUUCGGGGUCAAUUGGGAAGUUGCAAAUCUGACAACAUUGACAAACGACGGCCAAUCCCGUGACUUUGUCAUCAUGGGCGUUGAAGGUUGUUUGCGCCCGGAGAUCACUUGUCAAAAUGCCGGAGAAGCUCGCCAUAGACGUGAUCCAAGAGGUCUCAUGUGGAUGUCUGUCAAAUCAUUGGCAAACGCAAAUGCCAGCGAUGCGCUCACAUCCUACAAUUUCGCUGGGUUCUUUGAUCACGGUUGCUUGUAUGCGGCGAAUUCUUUCUGGGAUCCGGAGACAUCCCAGCGGAUUGUUUAUGGCUGGGUGACCGAGGAUGAUCUUCCUGACAGUCUCCGUCAUCGCCAGGGAUGGAGCGGUGUGACCUCGUUGCCGCGAGUGACGACGCUGAUGACAAUACAUAAUGUCACAAAAGCACGCUGCUCGCUGCUAGAGUCGAUAACAUCGAUUGACCUGGUCAAAUCUUCAGGAAGCGGAUUCACCAUUCAUACACUGGGUAUCAGCCCGGACUCGCGAUUGUCUCGUCUUCGACAAAAAGCUAAAACUGGCCAUCUUGCAAAGUCGUCCUUGACAGCUCGGGUUGCCUCCGCUCCUGCGACCUUCUUGCCGUUGAGUACAAAUAAAUGGGAGCUACAGGCUUCGUUCUCCGUUGGCCAGUCAUGUGAACGGGUGGGUGUCGAGAUUGCACAUAGCGCUGAUUUCAAAAGCUGUACAAGGCUUUCUUGGGACCCAUGUAAAGAAAUAUUCACCAUCGAUCGACCUCCAGUCGACCAAGAAAUCAAUCACGGGCAAGAGUCAGCCCCACACACUCUUUUCACUUAUCUGGAUGAUCAAGAAGAGGUCGAGGAAGCUCUCAAGAUUCAUGCCUUUUUUGACCACAAUGUACUGGAAGUGUUCGUGAACGAUAGAACGGUCAUCACAACCCGGAUCUAUCACCCUUCAGACCAAUGUUUUGGUGUCAAGUUCUUUGCUGAGCCCGCCGAACAGCAGGACGGGAGAUCCUCUACUGUACUUCUGGAGGCCGAUGUUUGGGAUGGACUUGGGAUAAACUUAAACUAA